UCUACCUGAAACACGGACGUUCAGCUGCCCGCUCCAUUUCUUGCCAAUCGUAACGCAUGUCGCUUCAUUUCUUGCCAAUGGCCAAAAAGCGCCGGUCCAUUUCCUACCAAUGGGGAACUCGCUGUUCUCAUUUCUGGCCAAUGACAGACGUUUUUCGGCUGUCCAUUUUUUGUGCUGGGAUAUGUCAACAGAGGAGCUACGUACUUGGAAAUGAAGUCAACACGGUUAUUUAAGGUAAGCAAUCAUGGUUUAUUUACAUUGUCACCAUGUGAUAUGCGACAAUACUUACAAAAAGAUGUAGCCUAUCUGUGGCGAUUCAGUAAUAUAUGACGCCUAUAUUUUGCUAACGGAAUGAAGUGAAUGGUGCACGACGCUAGUUGGCUAUUAGGUAUUGUAACGUUAGCGCUCCUCACUGACAUUGCUUGAAUAAAUUGUCUUAAAGUGUUUAAAUAUGUGUGUAUAUAACGUUAGUCAUCCACAUAAUGCCCGUGUUCGACUCGAUAUACUUGUGGGGAAUAUCUGCGCGUGUAAAAAAAAAAACUUCUUAUCGAGUCAACAUGCAACCUUUUUUGUCAAACCUCAAGGGCUGUUUUCUGCUCGUAUAUAGUACAUUUCAACGUAGUGUUGAUUGAAAUAAAGAUUUUAAGAGUAACAAACAACAUGUGGGCCUUGUUGCCAUUCAUAACAAUUUGUAAUAACGACGUGAUUACUCCUGGCUGUAGAUGACAUGGGGCAAUGAGAGAAGAGGAAUUUUAAGAGCCUGUGCCAACAGUGGGACAUGAUCUGCGCAGAGACCGACACAUUGGCACAACCCAUACGAAAAGAUUCAGACAUGCCCAGUACAGGAGAGGGGACAGACAUCACUGUUUUGUGGGCAGCAGACCUGUACAGGCUCCAGCCCUGUGUGUCACAGCUACAGAUGCCUGCGCUGCAUGCCCAGACGCCCCGGCCCCCCUCGCCAUCGCUCCAGCCCUGUGUGUCACAACUCCACACCCCUGCGCUGCUGGCCCAGACGCCCCGGCCCCCCUCGCCAUCGCUCCAGCCCUGUGUGUCACAGCUCCACACCCCUGCGCUGCUGGCCCAGACGCCCCGGCCCCCCUCGCCAUCGCUCCAGCCCUGUGUGUCACAGCUCCACACCCCUGCGCUGCUGGCCCAGCCUCCUCUGGCCCCCUCGCCAUCACUCCAGCCCUGUGUGUCACAGCUCCAGACACCUGCGCAACCGGCCCAGCCUCCUCUACCCCUCUCGCCAUCGCUCCAGCCCUGUGUGUCACAGCUCAAGACCCCUGCGCUGCUGGCCCAGACGCCCCGGCCCCCCUCGCCAUCGCUCCAGCCCUGUGUGUCACAGCUCCAGACGCCUGCGCUGCUGGCCCAGCCUCCUCUGGCCCCCUCGCCAUCACUCCAGCCCUGUGUGUAACAGCUCGAGACGCCUGCGCUGCUGGCCCAGCCUCCUCUGCCCCACGCGCCAGACGCCUGCACCAUGGCCUCCUCCUGCCCUCAGCUCUACCAGCUCCUGGUCCGUCUCAAGUCCAGCCAUCACAGCUGGUAGGCUGUCGGUGAACACGGGAUGCCAAGCAUGGACAAGUUGGACAACCUGGCUGAAUACAUUGUGGAGCUGCACCAUGAAGCCUCCCUGACCCACCCCCUGCAUUUUCAAUACCACUUGUUCUCCCACUCCACCCAAACUGCUCCUCUUGUCUUUUCUCGGCUUACUUUUCCUCUCUGUACAUUCCCCAGACAACAACCAUGGGUACAGUUUUCAUACCUGCCAGACCUAGUGCCACCACUUCAGCCCCCCUGGACCAUAGAAGCACCUCUCAAAGGCUAGAUUUAAUAAAAAGGACUGUAGAUAGUAAUUGAUGCAGAAAAUAUGGUCAAUAUCGCACAAAAUAAACUGGACAUAGUCAGUACAAGAGCUUUAUGUAUGACCCUAAUACUCAAUCCCUUUCAAAGGAGGAGUGGCUGAAAAAAAUGAACAAAACCAAAAGCAGUAACUCUAAAUAUUUCUCUGCUGUACAUUUAUGUAAUGUGACUGUACAUAUUGUUCAUACUGUUCUGAUGUGUGUGUGGGUGUGGAUGUGUUGACGCUAAAUUGUAAAUUUGUAUGUUUAGAUUACUCUGUCGAUCUUGGCCAAGUUUCGUGUGUGUGUGUGUGUGUGUGUGUGUGUGUGUGUGUGUGUGUGUGUGUGUGUGUGUGUUUUAUGUAAAAUUGCAUAUUUGUAUAGGCCCUAAUUGUUUAUGUCACUUCAGAUUAUUCUAUUGAUCUUGGCCAGAUCAGGACUCCUUUGUGUGCAUGUUUUUUUUUUCACUGACAACUAUUUGGGAAUGGGUCUGGUCGGGGCACAGUUAAACAUUGUUGUUUUCGUUGUCAUACAACCAUUGAACAUGGCCAACAGUUUGUGUGUUUGGUGUGUUACUUGCAAUAAAAUGAAAAUAUUUCUUCAAAAUGUCUUUUCAUUUAUGAAAAAAUAUUUGUGUAAAAUAUGUAAGUUAACCUCGAUCUAUUCAGGAAGGUAUCCCCUCUCAUUUAUUCAGCAGAGUAAUCAUUAACCAAGAUACCUUAUAAAUAAAUCUAUAGCUUAAUGGCAUAUCAUUUGAAACAUCUAUAGGACUUUCAAAACUUUAUCAUGUGUGAGAUUUUUUUUUAAAUCCAUUGUGUAGCCUUUUUAGUGGCCACAUUAAAUGCAAUAAGCUUAUUUGUCUUUCUGAAAUUUUAUCAGUAAUAUUGCUCAAACCACACUCAGACAAGGGCAAAAAAAAGAAAAAGAAAAAAAAGCCCAGUAUUGCACCCCUAGUGGUCUGUAGGUAAAUAACACUCUUGGAUGGGAUUCGACCUAACCACCUUUACAUAUCACUUGAUACUAAAUGUUUGAAAAUGAGUUAAUGCAUUAUGCUAUGAGUGGUAAAUGUGCCAAAAUACAUGUACCAGCUUCUUUUCUUUCUCUUUCUCUUCCUUCCCCCCCUUUUCCCCUCUUUUCCUCCUUCUUUUCUUCCUUUUUCUUUCUUCCCCCCUCUUGCUAAACGAGU